GAACUUCCUGAUCUGGAGAAAUUAAUUUUUCUAGUCGUAUAAGAAAUGCAAACAACUUCAAAUCAAUUUUUUUUUCUCAGGGAUGUUUUGUCACAAUAUUUUUUAAAGUAGAGCACCUAUACAACUGCGAAGCCAAACUGUAACUGCUGAUGCUUGGAGAGCAUGACUUGAACUUACACAAACUCACAAUCCAGCAAAGCAAACGGUACAAACAUUCAGGUCACUGCAGCUACUCUUCCUCAAAGGACUAAGCCUGCGCUGGAGGAAAAUAACUGCAAGGGAGAACUGCUAAUCACACCUCCGUGUGGGAACUAACUCCGGGGAGCAGCGUGUGCCGCCAGCCCCAGGAUAUUCCCUGCCUCCAACCUGAAGUGAUUCCUCCUGGAACGGUUCAGUCGCCCCUGCAGUUCACCUUUGCCUGCAGUUAACCAGCGUGCAAUUUGGGUUUAAUGGAGCUGGGUUUAUUGUUCCUCUUUGGACUUACGAUUACGUCGACUGCAGGGUCCGCGCUGCCCCGGCCCCGCUCGGCGCUCCCCGCGGGCGGGGACCCGGCACACCGGGAGCGGGACGCGAGCGGGGCGGCGGCGGCGGGCGGCGGGCGCGCCAGGGCGGACGGCGGGGGGCUGCGGCCGCGGGCCCGGCGCUGCACUUGCUACACCUACAAGGACAAGGAGUGCGUGUACUACUGCCACCUCGACAUCAUCUGGAUCAACACCCCCGAGAGGACUGUGCCAUAUGGACUGUCUAACUACAGAGGCAGCUUUAGAGGCAAAAGGUCUACAGGCCAGAGUCAAAGUACUUCCCAGUCUUCAUUUCGCUGUUCCUGUUUGGAUGCUCAGGAUGAACAGUGUUUGCAGUUUUGCAGAAGAGUGCAAGACAGAAGAAGAAAUCAUGGAUCAAUGAAAAAGACAGAGGAGAAAGACCAAUGCAGGGAAGAGGAACACAACUUCAUUCAGUAGCACAGAGAGUCUGGAGGAUUCUGAACAAUCAGCUUUAACAUUUAUUUGCUGGAGCUCAGAAACAAGAACUUAAACUACAACUCUCCCUUGAGAUGGACAAAGUUGAUGCUUCAGUGUGAUGCCAGUGGAGAACUGAGCGAUGCACCACUUCCAUUUCAGCAGUGCCACUCUGAGGGCACGUGAACCUGCAUGAGGAAGCUUUGUCCCGUGUUCCCCUCGUGAGAGUCUCAGUAAAGGAUAAUCUUUAUCAUGGAACUGGCAGGGAAUGUAUCACUAUUGAAGAAAACUUCAAAGGCAGAUCCAAACUUCAGCAAUGCAAAGUUUCAGGGAGCAUUUUGUGAUUUCAAAGAGUACAAUAGAAACAUACUGUUCCACUUUGUGUCUGAGGAAUCCAUCCACAGCUUUAUGCAGGCAACUGUAAUUGGAGAAUGUGGUGAGCUAGAGAGAGAUUGCCUCUACAUGAGUUCUCAUUCAGAAUAAACAGAUGCAAAAUAUUUCUCUUGUUAAUGUAUGCAAGCCUGAAUCAUCAUAUUGUAACUUCGUGGCAGAUGUUUAAAUGACAGUAUCUAUGCAGAAUAAAUAUGAAUGGCUAAUAUAAAUAUUAUUAUAAACUAUAGCAAGUUAAGAGUAUGCAUUGAGUAUUCAAUAGAUUACCUAAUUUAGGCACAAAUUAUUCCUGCACUUCAAAGUUCCAUUCAAAAACACAGUGAUUAUUUAAGGAUGCACUGUAGUUGGUGAACAGAACUUUAAUUAUUCAGCCCCAAGAAUUUUCCUAAAGCUGCAAAGGUAGGACUGUGGAACUUCAAAUGAAGCUUCAUACAAUCAGAGUAACUCAGAUUUGCUGUUCUAAGCCCCUGCCCACGUUACCAUCCAUGGCACAUACAUUUGUCUCUGUUAGUACUACAAAUCACAUGUUUAUCUUCAUUGAAACAUCAUCAGUGAAUAACUUGAAAACUUGGCAAUAAGGAUUAAAUCCAACCCUGGACAUUUUUCAAUGUAAAUGAUGUCUUCAGAAAUUAUGGACUUCUUUUUGCUACGAGGAUGCAAGAGUAAGCAAGGAAAAAAGAGUAACUUUUGCAAACCCUGUUCUAUAUUAUUUAAGAAGAGAGGAAAUCCCUUACUUGUGACAAAAUUUUUUUGGGUUGACUGACCUUCAUGCAGACUUUCCCCAGGGCACAUAGGUUAAACUAUAACCCCAUGACAAUAAAUUAUAUUUUAUAAGAAGAAAGAUGGAGACCAAAAGAAAAGUGAAAAGAAAUCAACAGUACAAAUGUUUAUAUAGGGCUUAAACCAGUGGUAAUAGAUUUUCUUUGAAACAAGAAAGGGAGCUCUUUGCCAAAACAUAUGAUAUAUUUUAUAUAUAUGUGGAUAUAUUUCAUAAAUAAAUUAUUACAGUUAUAAAAUUAAAUAUAUCUUUCAGUUA